AUGGUGGUGCACCCCUGUGGUUGCUCCCACGCCACCCGGAAGUGCUUGUGGCCCGGGGAGGUGAGGGUGAGCUGGUGGUGGGACAUGGACGAGUGUGGCGGUGUCUGCAGCGGGAGCGGAGGCCUAGCGUCUGCCGAGCAGGCUCCUGCCUCCGUGACUCUGGCGGAGCUCCUGCACCUGGUCCAGAAGGGCCAGCAGCUCCCGGGACUGGAAAAACGCCACAUCACUGUGACCCACGGCGAACCCACCGCGUCCCUGCUCCCUCGGAGGCCCAAGCCCUGGGAAGACGCGGGCUCGGCCGUCGCAUCCCGCACCACCGCCCUAGACACGGGGACGCAGCCUCUGACCGUCGAGGAGCCAUCCAGGGACAGUCCAGCCGCCCAACUAGACGGAGGCCCAAAGGGUUCCUGAUGCUCGACAUGCUUUGGAGCUGAGAUACGGAGAGCGUGACCGAGCCCUGCACGAACUUGAGUCUGGACACUUGCCACCAGUAUUCAUCUUUUUGCAUCUGCCAUGACCUAUCUCAACCAGACAGUCGACCUGGGGGAUUCAAUGUUGCCCAGUAACUUUGUUUUUGGACGCUGAAUUUCAACUUCAUACUGUGUUCUAGUCCAUUUGUGUAACGGAAACAAGCUUUUCCCUUGUCAGAGGGCACGACCUGGGUCAGUUUAUUCUGGUGAUUCUUAUAAACUGAUAUCUAAAAGGCA